AACAACAUUGUUCUUAAUUGGGCCGCCCAAUAGUACCAGAGAGGGCAGGGACAUUUGAGUCCCCCUCUAUCAUACGGUGCAGUUAAAGUCACCUGCCAUUAUACAAGCGCCGGAUAAAGAAGCCAUGAGUCGUGGAUUAAGAUCAUAACACCCCUUGCUUGAGAGGUAAAGGGAGCUGAUAGAAUUCUACCUUUCCACCUCCUCCUCACUUUAAGCUCAUCUUCCUGCGUUAGGGUUAUUUAGAGAAUAGCUAUGGCCCGGUCCAGUCAGCAGCCUCAGUACAGCUGUAGUAACCCAGAGCAGUCAACUCCCCCUGCACAGGAUGCUGACCGGCCACACCCAGAAGAGGAGGAGAUAGUGAGAGAUGAGUGUGAUUCAGCAGUGUCUGGAGCUCCACCUGCUGAGCAUGGAAAAUCAGGAAAAGGAAAGUCCUCAAAAGUGACCCAAUGUGGUUUCAUCCAUCUGAAUUUCCUGGAGUGGUGGUGGGAGGAGGAGUGCCCUCAGCAGGAGGAAAGCUGCACAGGAGUCAAAAGAGCAUGCCACUGGCCGCUUCCUGGCGUGGGAUAAACCAGCUCAGUCCAGCUCACAGAGCCGCGUUCCCUGCUGUUUUAACGCCAAGACAUGGCGUGGACAAGCAAGUGGUCCCCCUGAUGAGGGAUCGAGUACCUGCACAGGAAAGACCUCUACACCACCCUCCUCAGCCAACUCAACCAACCUGGUGGAUCACAAGGAUUCUCAAACAUCAGUUUCAGCGACCAGCACCAAAGCGGGAGCUGCUGUCACCAAGGCUGCUGAGGAAAACCUUCCUGAUCGCUGAGACAGAGAACAUGGAGGACUACCCUACUCAAAUCAUGUCCACAUUUGACAUUGAGAAAGUCCUCAAAUACGACUCUACCAAGAAGGUUGAAUGCGGAGCAGAGAGAAAAUCCUAUGAAAUUAUGGCCAAGCAUAACGCUGAGAUCCUCGUGGCUGUAAUCAAAUGUGAGGAGUCUCUGGACAAAAUGCAGCCAAUGGCUGAAGGCCUCAUGGAGGUACAGAAGAGCUGGUGAGGCACCUCCUGAACUGAUGUACGUGGACCGCGGCUGCUGUGGCGUUCA